CGACAAGCGCAAGACACCCAGCUGCAACGUAUCCCUUGUCUACCGCUCAGCAGUCUAUGGCAUCGCUACCUUAGACAGCAAGUAUGUUCAAUGUAUCGCCAGCCAUCAUGGCGAUGGCAUCGUGGGGACUCGUCACACCUCUCCUCCUCAUCUUUGGCGGCUGCUGUUCUAAUGUCUACACCCUAGAAGCCAUCACACACAGGACGUCCGCCGCAGGCAGCGUCAUCACCUUUGCGCAGUUCUUUGGCAUCGUCAUUGGAUCCUUUGGCAUGUUUUCCUCAUCAGCAAUCGGUCGGCAAGCCCUAUGGAAUCGCAAAGUGCCGCUGUGGGAUUAUCUCAAGAUUGUCAUUUGCCACUUUAGCGUGUCAUGGCUCAAUAACAUGGUGUUGGACUUUCACAUCUCUGUGCCUGUCUUCAUCAUUAUGCGCAGUGGCGGGUCUGUUGUGACUAUGCUGCUGGGUUGGCUCUUUUAUGACCGUCAGUACACGCAGCGACAAAUAUCAGCAGUAGCGCUCUUGACGCUCGGUGUCGUUGUCUCUACAGCUGCUUCCAGAAACAAUGCAUCCUCUGCAAGUGAUCCAGAGAUGUCUGGUCGAUUCAUGAUUGGCAUUGCCCUGAUGGUGUUGGCUCAAUUCGUCGCUUCCAUGAUGGGACUCUUUCUUGAGCGUGCAUUUAGAAAGCACGGUGCAUCCUGGCAAGAGUCGCUCUUCUGGACGCACAUCCUGGCGUUGCCCUUCUUCCUGCCCCUGCUUGGGCAGGUCAACCGGCAAUUUCACAUAUUGCUCAAGUCAGAGCCCUUCUUCAAGCUUGCAGAUGGCCACGUUGAACCAUCGCUCCUGAAUCCACCCUCACUUGUUGUUCAUCUGGUGCUCAAUGUUAUCACUCAGCUGAUUUGCAUCAGUGGCGUGAAUCGUCUCGCAUCACACUCAACAGCCUUGUCGGUCAGCAUCGUCCUCAAUCUCAGGAAAUUCAUCAGUCUUGUCCUCUCAUUCUGCGUAUUUGGGCAUCACAUUGAUCCUGGCAUCGUUCUUGGUGCUGCACUUGUCUUCCUUGGAG